AUGCAAGUCAAUACGGACGUCUGGGGCCCGAAUGCGGCGGAGUUCGUGCCCGAGCGGUGGAUCGUCCCCGGUGGCGUGCUCCCUCCUGCGGAACUGCCGCACGGAUGGAGUGGGCUCGUUACGUUCUGCGACGGCCCCCGGAAUUGCAUUGGCUAUCGACUUGCGGUCUUUGAGUUUAAAGUCAUUCUUUCGACGCUCAUCCGUACGCUCGAGCUACAUGAAACGACUGCAAACGUGGAGCUGAAGAUCAAGCCGACGCUGCAGGCCUUCGUGGACGGUCGUGGAGGUUUCCUUCCCAUCCAUUUUACCUUGGCUCCAUAG